AUGAACAAGCACUCUGCAAGCCAAAACCAAAGUCUCUUCCCUCAUUCCGCUAAACCCUUCACACAUGCAAAGGCCGAGGCAUUCGCCAAAGCCAAGGCAACGGCACUCAAGCACGGCAGGGUUCUCACGCAGGGUUUCACGCCGUCCAUAGACAUGAGCGGCGUCAAGUUCUUCGGCCCGCUCGACGAGGUGGACGCCCAGAGUCAUCCGAAGUCGCCUUCCAGCGUGGACAAGGAUCGGCGCGCCGAGAUUGAGAGAGUCGAAGAAGCGCGCCUGAAGACAGCUUCGGAGACGGGCCGAGCAGAGAGAAUCGCGCAGGCCGAGGCGGAGAAGAUUGCCCGCAAGAAGGCAGAGGAGGUAAAACGUCAUCUUCGAGUGCAGACGCUCCUGGCUGAAAGACGGGCUCAAAGCGUUGCAAUUCGAGCAGCGACCGCGUCUCGGGGCCGGAGAAGAAAGCAUGCCACUGGCUCUGUCGCUGUCGCUGUUGUGCAGAAGGGAGCCGUCAGUAGCAAGAACCCUGCUUCUCGGUCUAACAGCAUUGCGGCACCGACGGGCGUCAACAACAGCAACAUCGGCAAUGGAAACGGACAGACUGUGAGUGGAGAUGAACACGGCGGCCUCUAA